GUUUUUCAUCUCUGCCACGCAGGCACAUUUCUCAUCAGCCAAUGAGAAGCCAGGUGAGGCGGGUGUAAGGGUGAAGGAAUAUCAUUAGACUGUACACGCGUACCUCAGAGAAGAUGGAUUUCCAACAGCAUGGAUACCGAGCAACAAAGCCCAGAGCCAGAGCAUCUCCGCCCAUCGGGGGUCCACUUCUUUUUGAUGACACCAGUUCGGGGCCCCCACCCAUGAACAACCAGAACUACUAUAGUUCGGGAUAUGAUAUGGCUGAUGCAUCGGCAGGAGGUCAAGAUCCUGGAGCGGGCAGCCUCUUUGCUGAUCCAGUGGCCAGUGCUGCCAUGAUGUAUGGCUCAUCACUUGCCAAUCAAGGCAAGGAUAUUGUGAACAAAGAGAUCAACCGAUUCAUGUCAGUAAACAAGCUGAAGUAUUUCUUUGCAGUUGAUACCAAAUAUGUUAUGAAGAAACUGUUGCUUCUCAUGUUCCCAUACACACAUCAGGACUGGGAAGUACGUUACCACAGAGACACUCCUCUCAUACCACGCCAUGAUGUCAAUGCUCCAGAUCUCUACAUACCCACAAUGGCUUUCAUCACCUACAUUUUACUGGCUGGUGUGGCUUUAGGAAUCCAGAAACGGUUCAGUCCAGAGGUUCUGGGUUUGUGUGCAAGCACAGCUCUGGUUUGGAUCCUCAUUGAAGUUCUUGUCAUGUUGCUCAGUCUUUACUUGCUCACAGUUCACACAGACCUCUCAACAUUUGACCUUGUUGCUUACAGUGGAUACAAAUAUGUGGGGAUGAUUUUCACAGUGUUGUGUGGACUGGUCUUUGGCACUGAUGGUUACUUCGUUGCUCUUGCUUGGUCUUCUUGUGCCCUCAUGUUUUUUAUUGUUCGUUCUCUAAAAAUGAAGAUCCUGUCUUCAUUCUCAGCAGACUCCAUGGGUGUAAGAGCAAGUGCCAAACCACAAAUUCGCAUGUACAUAACCCUGGUAUCAGCUGUCUUUCAGCCAAUCAUCAUUUACUGGCUCACUGUUCAUUUGGUCAGAUGACCGACAGUAUUUAAAUUAUGAAGGAACUUUAAAAUGACAAUGCUGGACUGGGAUGGUUUCAUUUUUGGCAUUGUUUGAGACAACAGUGGAUUACCAUGAUUGUGUUUUUAUCCACAAAGGAUUUAUGUGGUCUGAUCUUCAACAUUGGCUCCAUCAGCAUUGUCUUCUGCACAUUAGUCCUUGAAAAUAUAAUUUAAUAUUUUUACAGAACUGUGUUUUUCUGUUGUUGAAAAUGGGAAAAUAACAGUUUGACUGCUCUUGUGUCUUCUCCAUGCUGCUUUAGUGUCACAAAAUCCAGACUUAAUUUUAAGAGGCAUGCUGAUUUAUCUGCCCUGUGCUGUGAUUCUUGUGUGAUGUGCAAUUGGUGAACACAUGAUCAACUCAAGUGUCCUUCUUUUUUGUGCAUGAACAGCUGUGUUUUCUUCUUUACAGCAAAAUAAAUCCCAUAAAUUAGACUUUUAA